GCUAGUCAUAAAUCAUUUUGUGAAGAUAAGUCUUUUUAGAAGCACAGUUUGACAUUCUCACUUUUUUCAUUAUUUAUUUGUUUCAUGUUGCACCUGCAUCCAAUUAUGAGAAACCUGUUGCCUUGUAUUCAUUUUGGGAUCCUGUGGCUUUCCCUAACGUCACAAUGACCCUCAGCUCACAAGAUGAAGGACCUGUUCGUCUGUGCCAUCAACUUCGUGAGUAUUAGAAAUAGAGAGAGACUCCAAGCUCAUGUAGCCUGGUCUAAAGGCUUAUCAGAGGCUAAGCCAGAGGGGGAAAAAACAGUAAAGCUAGUCUCUGCCGACUAGAGGUACGGGCACAAGGCCAUCUGUCCAUUCUCUGAAUACAACUGACACCAAAGGAGGGCAAGUCUGCACUCAGGGAAUCAUACACAAUUUGGAGCCACAAACGUUAACUCAUCCUGGAGAGAGAGUUGGAGAAAAAGUAACUUACUGGCAUUUUCCUGUGGUGUCAAACUCUCAUCACUUGAGCAGCGUCACUCCUGUUUAACAAGUUCCUCUUCGGGAGUGUCAUGGCAAGAGGGACCAUAUUUCAUUUAACAUCUUAUAGACAGUCUGUUUGAGGCAUCUAGACCCGAGAGAAGAAUGAAUAUGUAUGAGAGACAGGGCGGAGGAUCAGAGGGUGGACUAAAUGUCACCCUCACCAUCCGUCUGUUAAUGCAUGGGAAGGAAGUUGGAAGUAUCAUUGGGAAGAAAGGAGAGACUGUCAAAAAAAUGAGAGAGGAGAGUGGAGCCCGAAUUAACAUAUCUGAUGGAUCAAGUCCAGAGCGCAUCGUCACCAUAACCGGUGCAUCUGAGGUCAUCUUCAAAGCAUUCGCCAUGAUUGCAGAGAAAUUUGAGGAGGAUAUCAUGGCCUCCAUGAUAAACAGCACAGUGACAAGCAGGCCUCCUGUCACACUGCGCCUCGUCUUCCCCGCCAGUCAGUGCGGUUCACUUAUCGGCAAAGGAGGCUCCAAGAUCAAAGAGAUCAGAGAGAGCACAGGUGCCCAGGUGCAGGUAGCAGGAGACUUACUCCCUGACUCUACUGAAAGAGCUGUGACCAUCUCAGGCACCCCCCACGCCAUCACACAAUGUGUGAAGAACAUCUGCACCGUCAUGCUAGAGUCACCACCUAAAGGAGCCACCAUUCCAUACCGACCCAAACCCUCUGCAGGUGGCAGCCACACAGUGUUGGCACAACAACAUGCUGCUCCGGCUUUUACAAUCCCAGGACAAUUUGCAAUUCCACCCCAAGAUUUGACAAAGCUUCACCAGUUGGCUAUGCAGCAUAUCCCCUUUACCUCCCUUGGGCAGAGCAACCCCACCUUCCCUGGUCUUGAUGCUUCCUUUGCAACCAGUUCUCAGGAGCUGACCAUACCUAAUGAUCUCAUAGGCUGCAUCAUUGGCAGACAGGGCAGUAAGAUCAAUGAGAUUCGGCAGAUGUCUGGAGCCCAGAUCAAGAUUGCGGGGGCCACAGACGGUUCGGCUGUGCGCCACGUCACCAUCACAGGUUCCCCAGCCAGCAUCAGUGUGGCUCAGUACCUCAUCAGUGCUAGGCUGUCCUCAGUGAUAGCAAGUCUGAGGCCACUGUAGUGCAUCCUUUAUAUCUUAUCAUUAAUCUCUCAUUGGAUUACCCUAAAGACAUAGUGGACUCUUAUGGACUUAAAUACUACUCAAGAUUCCCUGGCUACACAAUGAUAUUUUUUUAAAGUAUUUUUUAAUCUUGUAAUAAUCAGAUAUGCUGUAACUAGUUUUUUAUGUUUCAACCUCCAAUGCAAGACAUGUAUUUGUGUUUGUUUUUAGAUUGCUUUUUGAAGUACUGGUAUGCAUUUAGCUGUUAAUAUGACAAUCAAUGUGCUUUUAUUAAUUGCUUUACAAAAGUAGAACUUAAAAGUAAUUCUUUAAUUAAAUGAUACCAGCUAUUUAUUAGUACACAGAGGGUCUUGUAGAUUCAUUUUGAAUACAAAGACUACUUCGGAAUACUGCUAUUGUCUUAAAAGAAAAAGGAAAUUGCAUUUAUGAAACAUGAGGAAAUUCGAUAUUUCAAACUUUCCAUACCUUGCAUUUCAGUGCCGACCUAUUGUGAUUGAAGUGAAAGGUCAGAGCAAACUAGGAGUUUUUAUAGUGCUGCAAAUGCAUAUCUGCAUCUCUGUGGGUCGUUCAAUAAUACAUGCCGUACUUAAAACUGGGUUAUUUUGGUUAAAGUAAGCUUGCCUCUAAGAACCACAAAGAGCACAUGGCCCUGGUUUAUUAGUUUACAUUGUCUCAGAGAAUCAUAUUUAUUUCAGAAAGCUUAUUUUGUCCUGCUUAUCUCCCAUUUGUUUCUGAUGGAUGUUUGCUGUUUUGUAAAUGUCAUCAGUACAUCACUGACUUUGGCUGUGAAGGACAGACAUUUUGACAAGCUGAAUACAAUUCAUCUAAUUUAGCUCCAGAGCAUACCAUUCCCAUCGGAUCCGGGAUACCGCUUAAACGAACAAUGCAUCAGUGCCACUGACUUUUAUGUAAGCAGCAUUCAUAUUCAUAACAUAAGCCUCCAUAAAAUAGCCAUCACAUCUGCUAAGGCUAAGGCUUUCAAAUACAAAACGGCAUGUUUUUCACAUGCAUUCACAAUUUCUCAGGCAAGAUGCAUUAUCAUAAGUGCUUUAACUUUACCAUUCAUUCAUGUUUUAGACGGCCUUCUUUCAGUGGGCUUCAUUUCACUGUGCUAUAAAAAAGACCUCAAAGAAUAUUAAUAGUUUGUCUGAACUUUUUUACACUCAAGCUGGAAAUGUCCAUGGAGACAUCAGACAACAAACUUUGUUGCACUGGCAAAAAAAACAGAACGAACUUUGUGUCACCCUUGGAAGCAAAACUACCUUUUCACAGGUACUGUUGGGACAGGUUUUCUCACAGGUUGCUCAAUCAUGCAUGCACUCAAAGUGAACCAUUACCACACUGUCACUCACUGCAUGUGGAGCCCUUGUCCUUCUCCUUAAGGAGUGGCAGCCCCAUUCAACAUCAUCAAUAAAAUAAUUUCUGGUUUCAGAAAAACACUCUCACUCUUAGACUUUUUGCAAAGCUAUGAAAAUGACCUUAACCCUUCCUUCUCAAAGAUCUAAAUCAUGUCUGCAUGCUAUUGGAUCCAAGCAUCGCUGGAUUGGAUCAAUUCUUAAUGGGUAUGGAAAUGUAAUGUCAGAAGAGGAGCUCCUCUCCUCUACAUGGAGGAGGGUCAUCAUAAGUGCCAACAGCCUGUGCUGUUGUGAAAUGUAAUGUUGUGGACAUCACGGCCUGCCUCUUUGUUAAUGUUGAAUUAAUGAUUUUCCCCUCUCACCCCAUCAAAAGAAGAUGAUGGAAAUGGCUUCGACCAACCCUGAAUAAUCAAUUAUAUUAAUGCAAGCCUUUGGUUAUGAAGAGCAUUUCUUUAAAAGGAUGUAAUAAUCUGGCCUCGAGCACCACAAUACUUUUGUGUGUAUGUUUGUGUGUGUGUGUGUGUGUGUGUGUGUGUGUGUGUGUGUGUGUGUGUGUGUGUAUUGCAAGAGUUUUCCAAUUUCACUCUGUUCCACUCACAAGUUAGGACAGAUACCAUUAGGGGCUGUUCACACCAAAUGCAUUUGUUUGCCUCUGU